CUGCACUGGGUGCCAGUCAUUCUAACCUCUACGUAAUGUUUUAUAGACGCUGUAUGUAUACUGAACAUUUGCCAGUUUCUACAGUUUAAAUCGAAUGAUACUGAAUAAAGAUUAGUUUAAAUCGAAUAAUACUGAAGAAAGAUUACAACUAUAAAUCGUGAGACUAUUGUUUAUAAAACGACCAGGAAAAAAAUGUAAUUCUCAUGAAACACUUGUGUAGUGUUGCAUAGUGUCAAAACAACACAAUAAGGUUAUACACAAAUAUAUUAAAAGAAAGUAAUUAAAGGAUGGAGAAUCAUUUUGAUUUACCUGAAUUAAAAAUAGGCGCAAACGAGUUGCUUGCCUUCCAAAGGGAUUUAAAGCAGGAAAGGGAACUUCUUUUGAAACUGUUGACGAAAAUUGAUAACCAAGUUCACAGGCUGCAGGUGGAACAACUUAACUUACUCGCGAUAAUGAACAAAUCGUUAAAAGAUUCAGGAGAAAAAUCACCGUCGUACGAAUCAGAACAUGAAAUGCCGCAAGACGCAUCGAAUAAAUCUUUGAACUUAUCUAUAGCCACGGCUUUCAAAUACUUCGAAGAAGAGGAUGAUGAUGAAGAAGAUGUUUAAUAGAACUAAGCAUUACAAAUAAUACAAUUAAUCUUACAAUAUCGACGAUAAUUUUAUCAGCCCUCGUUUAUCUCUUCUAUUAUAGAUAGUCUUUUCACAAAAGACCUAUAUCCUGACAUAAUAUGUUGUCAAUUGAUUUUAGUAAUAUAUAUAUGUAAAUAUAUAUUAUAUUUAUAUAUUAUUAAUACGUUUGUACCGGCUGUGUCGAUUCGUAUAUUAACAGUUCAAUAAAAAUACAGAAAGGAACAACAUUGAAUAAAAAAUUAACUAUUAUUAUUUCUUAAA